UUAAAAAAAUAAUAAUCAUUUGUUAUCUCAAAUUUGAAUGAAUUAUUUGAGCCUUAACUCGCUUCAAUCAACUUGAAAAUUAUGUAUUAGAUUAUGUACAGUGAGUACUCGACAGUGUUACUUGCAAUUUAAGCUCGCAAUAUGUAUCGUCAUCGAGUAUUUUAUUAUUUCAAUUUAAGUUUUUUUCUAUUACUAUGUGAAAUUCAAAGUAUCGAGGGUCUUUUAAAAUGGAACGCCACAUGGUCAGACAAAUUAAAAAGAGAUUUACUAUUUAGAUAUGAUAAAUUUGCAAGACCCACACAACAUUAUAAUGUAACAAAAGUAAAUUUUGGAUUACGAAUUUAUCAUGUUUCAUUGGAUGAAUUUAAUUCAGCUAUUACUGUUCAAUCAAUCGUUAGAAUGGAUUGGACUGAUGAUAAAUUAAAAUGGAAUGCAUCAAAUUAUGGUGGUCUUACAAAAUUAAUAGUGGGUAAUCAUGAAGUUUGGCAGCCAGAUAUUGUUCUUCAAAACAGUGUUGCUGGAUCAGCAAUUGAACAUUAUGGUGAUGUCAAUUGUAUCAUUUAUUCUGAAGGUAAUAUACUGUGGGUACCACCAACUCGUUUUAUUGCACUUUGCAAUAUUGAUCUACGUUUUUGGCCAUUUGAUACACAAAAAUGUGAAUUAAAAUUUGGCUCAUGGACAUUUCCAGCAAGUCAAAUUGAUUUAUCAAUAAUUGAUAUUGAUGAUCCAGCUGAAGAUAAGAUUCAUCUUAUUCCAAAUGCUGAAUGGAAAAUACUGGAAAUAACUAAAUAUCGAAAUGAAACUAUUUACAGUUGUUGUCCAGAUGAUCCCUAUGUACAUGUUAAUUAUAUAUUUUCCAUCAAAAGAAAUUCUCCAUUAUAUACUUCAAUAUUUAUCACUCCAACAGUUGUUAUUGUUAUAAUGAUUCUAAUUAAUUUCUGGCUACCACCUCAAAGCAAAGAAAAAAUUUUUCUAUGUGGUUGUACUGCAUUGAUAACAAUUAUUUAUCUUCUUUUUUUUUGUUACAAAAUACCACCACUUUCUGACAAGGCACCACUCAUUGUUAGUUUUUACAGUGGCUGUCUUUAUCAAGUUUCAAUAUCUCUAAUUAUUUCAACAACUGUAAUAAACUUGUCUCGAAAACCAAACUGUCAGCCACUUCCUCGAAAUAUUAAAAGAAUAUUAAAUGGAUGGCUUGGUAAAUACUUGGGCUUGUCAAAUCUCAUCCAAGUUAAUCAUCGACCAAUAAUUGAACAAGAAUUAUCCGAUAAUAAUACUGACUCUUCAAUUUUUUUGUCUCAUAUAUUGUCAGAUAAUUCUGAUACUGAAACAAAAAUAUUAUCGACAAAUAAUGACACACAAAUUGAAUGGAUUUUAGCAACGACAGCCAUUGAUAGAAUAUCAUUUUUAAUUUUUGUUUUUUAUAAUAUUUUUGUUAUUUAUUAUUCUUGUGUUUUAUAACAAGUUAAUGAUAGAUUCGCUUUACUAUUAAUCAAAUAACAAGAGGAAAAAAAAAUGACGCUGAAGCUAGCGUCUAAGUUAUAGCGUUGCUGACUAAAUAAUUUUUUUAACUAUGAUAGAUAUCAACUGAGCUAUCCACAUAAUUUUUUUUUUAUUAAAUUGUCUAUGAUCUAAGCUAAUUAAGAAAAAAAAAUUAUAAUUUUUGAAAUGGUCAAAGUGGGGUAGAGGGUGGAUUUAUACGAUUCUACGACGAUUACUGGUUUUUAAUUUUAUUGA